CCCUAACCCCAUACAAAUUUUCUUAGUCAUGCAGAGUCAGUGUACCUGGACAAGUUCUGAUAUGCUUAAACCCUACUCCUUGAGGACUUUUACUUCGACAUUGCAUCCAUUUUCUAAGCAUUUUUGUAUAAAUACUCCUACGCGUACUCAAAUUAAAAGAGCCACCAGGUGCCCAUCUCUCAUGGCAAAUCUGUCCAGCGUUUCGACUCAGAAAGAUGCCGUUUUGGAACAAAAUGUGUCGACCCAGAGCGGUAAUCGGCCUGUAGAGGUAGCUAAGCGCUUGGAAAAAUUCAAAACGACAAUAUUUACACAAAUGAGUAUGCUUGCCAUCAAACACGGAGCUAUAAAUCUUGGCCAGGGAUUCCCCAACUUUGAUGGUCCAGAGUUUGUUAAAGAAGCAGCAAUUCAGGCUAUUAAUGAUGGUAAAAACCAAUAUGCCCGUGGAUUUGGAAUUCCAGAGUUUAAUGCUGCAAUUGCUGCCAGGUUUAAGAAAGAUACUGGACUGGUGGUGGACCCUGAAAAGGAAGUUACUGUUACCUCUGGAUGCACGGAGGCCAUUGCUGCAACUAUAUUAGGUUUGAUCAAUCCUGGUGAUGAGGUGAUCCUUUUUGCUCCUUUUUAUGAUUCUUAUGAAGCCACCCUCUCCAUGGCUGGUGCAAAAAUCAAAUGCAUCACAUUGCGCCCUCCUGAUUUCGCUAUCCCCAUUAAUGAGCUCAAGUCCACAAUCUCAAAGAAUACUCGUGCAAUUCUUAUGAACACGCCACAUAACCCCACUGGAAAGAUGUUCACUCGGGAAGAACUUGAUAUUAUUGCAUCCCUUUGCAUUGAGAAUGAUGUGUUGGUCUUUUCUGAUGAAGUCUAUGAAAAGUUGGCAUUUGAAAUGGAUCACAUCUCUAUAGCCUCUCUUACUGGAAUGUUUGAGAGGACUGUAACAAUGAAUUCCUUGGGGAAGACCUUCUCUUUAACAGGGUGGAAGAUCGGUUGGGCAAUAGCACCUCCACAUCUGACAUGGGGAGUGAGGCAGGCACACUCUUUCCUUACUUUUGCUACAUCCACUCCAAUGCAGUGGGCAGCUACAGCUGCUCUUAACGCCCCAGACUCGUACUAUGUGGAGCUAAAGAAGGAUUAUAUGGCUAAGAAGGCAAUUUUGGUGGAAGGCUUGAAUGCUGUUGGUUUCAAGGUAUUCCCAUCAAGUGGCACGUACUUUGUGGUUGUAGAUCACACUCCCUUUGGGCUGGAAAACGAUAUUGAAUUUUGCGAAUAUCUGAUCAAGGAAGUCGGUGUAGUGGCAAUUCCAACUAGUGUUUUUUACUUGAACCCGGAGGAGGGGAAGAAUUUGGUCAGGUUUACCUUUUGCAAAGAUGAAGGAACUUUGAGGAGUGCAGUCGAGAGGAUGAAGGAAAAGCUGAAGAAAAAGUGACAGUAUUUAUGUAACUCGAAUUCAGUCAUGUCAGAGUAUAAGAAUGUUUCUCUUUCUAAUGCUUAGCAUUUCCAGGUUUGAGGUAAUUGUUAUCAUUCCCAGGAGAAUGAAUUUUAUUUAAAUAAAUAGAAUUCUGCUUUCUGUAUCUUAAAUCAACAUGUAAUGGUUGUUGUUUAAGUGUU